AUCGCACAAUCAUCACUUAAUGUCUUUUUGUAUUUCAUGUAAAAUGCAUUGCAUCUUGUUCAGAUUGUUAUUGGGUCUGUUUGGUUUCCUGGAAAGUUGAGGGGAAAUGAAACUGGAAGUGAAAUUUUUAGUUUUUAAGCCUUGCAUGUUUCUGGGUUUGUGGUAAUUGUAGGAUCCUUAGGUGGGUAUUUUUUUUAAAAAAAUUCUUUUCAUUUUUAUUAAAGUGGGAGUUUUGGGAUUUCUAUUAGUUGUGUUUUUCCUUCGAUUUCUCAGAAACCAAACAAGUUCACUUUCGUGUCUGAUCUUUUUUACUGAGUAAAUCUUACAUUGAAGAUUACAGUUUUGUGUUGUUUUUCGAAAACAUACAUAUGAAAGGCUUUGGUUGUUGUCCCAAUUUUGUGAAUAAAUGCACGGUCAAUAUUGAUCAUUAGCUCAGCAAUAGAAUAAGACCUUUGUUUGGAUUGAUGGUUUAGGAGGGAAAGUGAAGGAUUUUGAUUGUCCAGAUUGGAUAUAAAGGUUUGAAGAGGAUAUGUAAUAGCUAAGGAUAAUAUGUUAUAGGGUACGAGAUGGAUUAUAUAUAUAUUGGCCACACUUAGAUUUUGUUUGUUUAAGAUAGUACAUAUGAUGGGAUAAGGGAAGAGUCAUUAUUUUUGACCUUUGGAUGAAAGAUGAGCCAUAUCCAACCGUAGGGGAUAUUCAAUACCAUGGAGGUAUUACAUAUUCCGUUUGUAUCAUAUACUUUCUGGACUUUCUAUAUCCAGACCAACCAAACAUGGGAUAUAGGGAGAGAAAAACAUAUGGGAUUCACAUCAUAUUAUAUCUGGCUCCACCCUCAUAUCCGGCCCUUAUUUAUGGUAAACAAACUGGGUUUCUUCAAAAAGCCAAGUUGAGUUUAGUGAAUAAGCAAGGCAAAAUGUGGAAAUUAAAUCUUAUUUCAAUUCAUUCCCUUCUUUACAGUGAGGGUAUUCACUAUCCUAUUUCUGCUAAAUGUUAUGAGAAGUUGCUAAUGGCAUAAUAAUGGUUUUAUUUUUGGGUUUUGUUGUCAUCUAUAAAAGCCCUUGAUUACAAAAUGGUAGACAAGUUGGUAAUGAGAAUAUUCAAAGACCAUUAAACAAUAAAAAACUGGGCAAAAAUCUAGCAUAGAUUAUGUAGAUAUUUUUCUUUUCCGGUAGAUAUUUUUUAGUCACCAACUCUCCGAAAAGUUUAAGCUGUUACAAUGUGUACAACCUAUCCAAUACCCUUUCUUACGUGCAACCUCAUCUUGCACGUGGAGAGCCAAAAAGAGAAGUAGAAACCAAAUUGGGAGAAUGUUGUUGAGGGGACUAUAAUGACUCCUACCUGUGAGCAUUUCUCCAAUUCAUUCUAGUUAACAUGACUUCUUAACAAUGAAUUACUUUAUUUGUGCAUGAGUAUAUAUAUAUAUUAAUUAUAUGCAUACAGAGAUGUAAACUUACAAACUAGCAAACAUGGCUGUUGUGGAUAUGGACUGGGAUUUACUGUUAUUCCUUGCACUCAUUACAAUUUACUGUAUAUCUGUCCUUGGACCCGAAUUUUGAUUUGUGGUCUUAACACCAUCCACACUCGUGUUAUUUGUUUUGUAAUUGUCUUUUUUUCUAAAAGCCCUAAACAAUAAUGUGUUUGCAAAGAAACUCUACCACUUAGGCUAACAGGUGAUAUGAAUUCUUGCCUUGAUCAUUUUGUUAGAAGUAAAGUCGGCAUUUUGGAAAUGGAGGGCAUAUUUUGACAGGAACAUGUUUGGCAACGCAAGAUUGUAUGAAGCAAUAUGUCUCCUGGAAGACUUUCUAUAAUGGAGCUAAAACCAAUUUAUGAUAUUGAAAAUGCAAAUUCUGAGCUGUGGCCACUGGGUGAAAUUGAUCCGAAGAAAGCAAAGUUUCCUUGUUGUUUAGUUUGGACUCCCCUCCCAGUUGUCUCGUGGUUGGCUCCAUUCAUUGGACAUGUUGGCAUUUGCAGGGAGGAUGGUGCUGUUUUAGAUUUCUCGGGAUCCAAUUUUGUGAAUGUUGAUGAAUUUGCAUAUGGUGCGGUUGCCAGAUACCUUCAACUUGACAGAGAGAAGUGUUGCUUUCCUCCGAACCUCGUGGGACACACCUGCAAACAUCGCUACAAGCAUGCGGAGUAUGGAACUGCAAUCACUUGGGACGAUGCCCUCCAAUCAAGUAUGCGCCACUUUGAGCACAAAACCUAUAACCUCUUCACCUGCAACUGCCACUCAUUUGUUGCUAAUUGUCUAAACCGACUCUGUUGUGGCGGAACAAUGGGUUGGAACAUGAUGAAUGUAGCGGCUCUUGUACUGUUCAAGGGGCAUUGGGUUGACACCGUGUCAAUCUUAAGAUCAUUUUUGCCUUUUACAUUAGUGCUGUGCUUGGGUAUUUUCGUGGUUGGGUGGCCAUUCUUGAUUGGACUGCUAUCUUUCUCUCUCCUCCUCCUCGGAUGGUUUCUAUUGGGUACGUACUGUAUCAAAAAUCUGUUAGAUUGCUAGAUGCUUGUGCAAUUAAUGCUGAUAUGUGUUUGAUGAGGAAUGGUUGCUAUGGUUUUGUUUGUGUACCCAAAAACAGUUGUGCUGAUCUGAUCAAUAACAUUGCCAUAGGUCUGUGUAGGUUUAGAAAAGAAAAUUGUAACGGUUGUAUUAAUGUUUUGAUAUGGGUUUUGUUGAAGCAAAAUGAUUAUAGAUUUUUGUUUUCAUAGUGAUAGUUCAGACCUUGUUUC